UUUCCUCUGUUCGCCGGUCCAGGCUCUGGGGCUCCUCUGACACAAGUUAGCGAGCGGCGAAAGGGACGGCCAACAGAGCAAGCGCAUGUGUGUGUGAGAGAGAGGGAGAAUCCACCAGCCCUGCGUGUUUAAUCUCUCUCUCUCUCUCUCUCUCUCUCUCUCUCUGUCUCGCUCUCGGACCCUCACUCCCUGCCCACCCCUCCAGUAAACAGGAGUGGACGCCUCGCUCGCCCUCAGGACUGACAUGACCACAGAGCCUCUCUGAGCUCCUCAAACUGGAUGUUCACAACACGAGCCGAUGGAAUUACGGCGUCGGGACAGACUGUAGACACUGACGGACAGGACAGUCAUUUUACCAGAGCUGCAGCGGAUGUAACCGGUCCCACGGCAGCCUCAGUGACUGCGUCUGCGGGGUCGGCCCCCAUGGACCUGCGUGUGGGACAGCGGCCGGUUCGCCCAGGCUCGGAGACGGCCAUGCUCACGCCCCUGCCCCACCCCCUCCUCCUCAACCCGUUCUCGCCCCAGCCCUGCGCCCAGCUCUCCCAGCACCAGCUGCAGCAGCACAUCCGGUUCAACAUGGAGCAGAGGCGGCGGGAGCAAGAGCAGGAGAAGCAGCAGGAGCUGCAGCAGCUGCUACGCAAGGACAAGAGCCAGCAGAGUGCUGUGGCCAGUACACUGGUGAAGCAGAAACUCCAGGAAGUAAUUCUGAAGAAGCAACAGGCUGCCCUAGAGAAGACCAACUCCAACCCCUUGAGUGGACCACCUGUGGGAUACCGGGAGCUGGCUCCAGACCCCAGCGCGCCUCCCCAGACAUUGAUGGUUCCUUCCCCUGCACAGCCCUCUGGCGACACCCCCGAGGAGCCCCUUCUGCGACGAGCAGCGUCGGAGCCCAACCUGAAGGUCAAGCACAAGCUGAAGAAGCACCUGAAUACCCGCAAGAGCCCGCUCACCCGCAAAGAGAGUGCACCGCCCACCGUCAAGCACCGAGUCCCUGACACUCUGGACUCCUCCCCCAGCAGCAGCAGCACCCCGGUGUCGGGCUGCAGCUCCCCCAAUGACAGUCUGCCCACUGAAAAUGGAGCGCUGCCCCCUGCUGCCGGGUUGACCCACGAGGCCCAGAGGCUGCUGCUCCAGGAUGGCACCCUGGCCCAUUUCACUGUCCAGAGCCCGUCCACCAUGCCGACCAUCACCCUGGGGCUGCCCGCCAACGCCAAGGGCGAUGCUGACCUGGGCUCCCUGAAGGUGGGAAGGGUGCCGAUGCUGCCCGGGGCUCCACAGGUGUACCUGCCUGUGGGCCUGGAGGAGCCGGCCGGCACCCUGUCCCCGCACCUGCAGCCCGUGCUCAUCCUGGAGCCCUCCGGCCUUGUGCGCUCGCCGCUGGUCGCUGUUCCAGGUCUUGGGCCUAUGCCCAUACAGUUUGCCCCUCCUCUGGACUGCCUGGCCCCGCUAGGCCCCCACAAGCCCCUGAGCAGAACUCGGUCGGCGCCGCUGCCCCAGAGCACCCGGACCCUGCACCCACACCUCCUCCAGCAGCACCAGAACAGUCAGCUCCUGGAGAGGCUCAAACAGCAAACCCACCUGGGCAAGCUGAUGUCCAAGUCAAGUCGGGUCCUCAAGCAGAUUCCGUCAGAGGACAUGGACUCGGAGGAGGCAGGGCCAGCGCCAGGAGAUGCCCAUCCGGGCAGGGCACGGGCGGAGUCGCUGCGGGAGGCGGAGUCACUGCGGGAGGCAGAGUCACUGCGGGAGGCGGAGUCGAUGCGGGAGGCGGAGCCUAGCUCUGCAACGGAGGGCCAGGGGGAGCAGAUAAACCUGCAGCAGACACUCAUGCAAAAUCAGUUUUUACUAUGGGAGAAACAGAAGCAGCUGCAGCAGCUCCGGCGUCAGACGGCCCAGAUGGAGACGCUGGCGGUUCCCAUGGUGCUCGGCGCGGCCCACCGGCCUCUCUCCCGCACCCAGUCCUCACCGGCGUCCACCUCCCUCACGCUGCCGGACAAGACCCUGCCCCUGCCCGCCCCCGAGACCCCCAGCAAGCCCCGCUUCACCACAGGCCUGGUUUAUGACUCCCAAAUGCUGAAGCACCAGUGUACCUGUGGGGACAACAGCAACCACCCAGAGCAUGCUGGGAGAAUACAGAGCAUCUGGUCCCGUCUGCAGGAGAGGGGCCUCCGGAGCCAGUGUGAGAGUAUCCGAGGCAGGAAGGCCACUCUGGAGGAGCUGCAGUCGGUCCACUCAGAACGCCACGUCCUUCUCUAUGGCACCAACCCGCUCAACCGCCUGAAGCUGGACAACCGCAAGCUAGCUGGUAUCCUGUCCCAGAGGAUGUUUGUGAUGCUGCCAUGUGGGGGAGUCGGGGUGGACAAUGACACGAUCUGGAACGAGAUGCACACCUCGACGGCGUCGCGCAUGGCGGCCGGCAGCGUGACGGAGCUGGCGUUCCGGGUGGCCAAGGGCGAGCUAAAGAAUGGCUUUGCGGUGGUGAGACCCCCUGGACAUCACGCGGACCCAUCUAACCCCAUGGGCUUUUGCUUCUUUAACUCGGUGGCAAUUGCAGCCAAGCAGCUCCAGCAGAAGCUGAGUGCCAGCAAGAUCCUCAUCGUUGACUGGGAUGUUCACCAUGGCAAUGGUACCCAGGAGGUGUUCUACAAUGACCCCAGUGUGCUUUACAUCUCGCUCCAUCGCUAUGACGAUGGCAACUUCUUCCCUGGCAGUGGGAGCCCAGCUGAGGUUGGAUCUGGCCCUGGCGAGGGUUUCAAUGUCAACGUGGCAUGGACAGGGGGUCUGGACCCGCCCAUGGGCGAUGCAGAGUACCUGGCUGCCUUCAGGACAGUGGUCAUGCCCAUUGCCAAGGAGUUCUCCCCGGAUGUGGUUUUGGUCUCAUCAGGGUUUGACGCAGCCGAGGGGCAUCCCCCUGCCCUGGGAGGGUACAAAGUCUCCGCAAAAUGUUUCGGCUUCCUGACGCGGCAGUUGAUGCACCUGGCAGGGGGGCGGGUGGUGCUGGCGUUGGAGGGGGGUCACGACCUGACGGCUAUCUGCGACGCCUCGGAGGCGUGCGUCAGCGCCCUGCUGGGAAAUGAGGUGGAGCCGCUGUCUGAGGAGGUGCUGCAGCAGAGGCCCAACGCCAACGGGGUGCGGUCACUGCAGCGGGUGCUGCAGAUCCACGGUCAGUAUUGGCAGUCGGUGAAGCGCUUUGUCCAGACCGUUGAUAUGUCCUUCCUGGGCGCCCAGAGGCACGACUGCGAGGAGACGGACACGGUCAACGCUCUGGCCUCCCUCUCCGUGGGCGUCCUGGCCAGCAAGAGUCUCUCUGCUGAACCAAUGGAAGACGACGAUGACGACUCGAUGUAGAGAGUGCUGACCUUUCACCUUUUCGGUCCCUCCCGCGGAGCGCCGACCUGAGCUUUUGGUACUGUUCUGUGACCAAGACGGGGUGUUAUCUCCCAGAGUCGCACACCACCAGUGCCUCAAACCAUUGUACAGCCUCUUUUCAGACUACUACGCCUCAACACAGACCAUACUCCUCUUGUACACUCUCCGCACUCACACCCCUACCGGGAGGACAAGGGGACCGUAGCAAGACUGAAUCUGGCAGAAUCUCUUUCUGUGUAGUUCAUAUUUGCGCGAAGAUGAAUUCCGUGACUUCUAAUGAAAUGGGCACAGACUCUAUCAGUGAAGGAGCAGGGAAUUAUGAAGAGCUCACCAUUACUGAAGAACAUUUGAAUAACAGGCCUGUACCGCGAUGUCACUCUUGCCUUUUUUUUUUUUUUUUUGGUCUUGAAGGGGACAGACUUUCUUGUUCCCAGUGAAGCCCUCCGAGAGAGGCUUCCUGUCACUGUCAUUGCCUUAGGGGAUGUCCCCUUCUUACCCCCAACCCCAUCCUGCACCAUCCCCCACACUCCCACCCCAAGAACAUGUCCCACCCAGGAGAUCGAAGUACCUUUUGAAAGAUCCUCCACUUCGUGUUUGGACCAAAGGGGGGGCGGAGGGAGGAGGCUGGGUGGUCUCUUUUUUUCCAGACUGCACCCAACAGAUACACAUCGACUGAGCGAAAGAAAAAGCAGUCUGCUUCACCAUGGAACCCAGAGAAGGAGGGAAGCUCCGAAACCCUUGCACCUGGCCACUGUGGAAUGUCUUUUUUUCACUGAUGUCAUUAAUAUUCUUAUUAUUUAACCACUAAGGAAGGAGGCGGAAGACUCGGCAGACUGUGGUUUUUGUGACUUUUGCACUGUGCAUUCCAUAAUGUGAACCAUGAAAAAUUUCCAUCCUCUGGGACAAUAAGCAAAAAAAAAAUCUAGGUUAUUUAAUUCUUGGUAGAGCUUUGUACUUAAGAGGAAAAAAAAUGAAGCAAACAAAUCUUUUUUGGUUAAUUUAAUUUCGUUCUGAGGCAAUUUUUCACAUACUUGUUAAAAUGUAGGCUCUUAAUGAUGCACAUGUACACACAUUAUGCUCGUGUGUGUAUGUGUAAAAGCGUUUCUGUUAGGCCAGAUUUUUUUGUAGGUCAUAGUGAAGACCAAAAGCAAAGCUGAGUCAUUCCGCUGUGGUGUGCAGACCAGUUGAGACAUUGAGUUUACAGUGCAGUGUGUCUUUCAGCCUUAAGCUUAUAUAAAUUUCACUGUCAGCUAAUGUGUGAGCACCAGCAAUUGAGACACACAUGCGCGUUAACAUACACACAGUCACAAUAAACACACACAUGCAUGCACACAAAUGCACACACAUACAUAAGCAGCAAACACCCCUUUGGACACUGUAAAUGCCUCAUCACUGAUGUAGGGAUCAAUGAUUAUUGCUUUUUGAACUGAGAAAGGACCAACCAAAUCCAACCAGUGAACAUUAUGCAGAGAAUACUGGCUCAGUUAUGCAGGAGCUCCUUCUUAUGCCUUCAGCUGUGAGGGUUUUUAGUGUUUGUUUGUGAGACAAAUCUAUGCUGUCAGUAAAGAGCAGUGUUGUUAGCGAAAGCAGAUACUCCUACUAUGAAAAAUGUCUUAAAUAUUUCCUAAUCGGUGGACUAGCUUUACUAACAUUGUAGUCAGACCCAAACACAUUUGGUUACUUUUUCUAUAGCAGUGAUCAUUCCCAGGUCAUUCCAAAUUGAUUUAAAUAUAAAAACAUGUCCAGUAUUUUAACCUGUGGAUAACAUACCUACUGUAUUGUGUAUAUUAGUCUGAAUUCCUUGAUGAUUACUUUGAAAGGAGAAGACCUAGAGUGUAUUUUGAUGGGUUUUGUACCUUAAUUGAGUUUGAGUUUGUGAGAGAAUUUUUUAAAGGGGGAGGAUGGUGUUGCUUUGAUUCCUGGACCAGCAUACAGCUUUGUACACACAAGUGGCGAGGACUUGGUUUACAGCUGAAGUUUCAUAUCUCUGUUUUACGUUUUACUGCACUAUUGCAUCUUAAAUGUAGAGAGUACAUUCUUUUUCUGGCUGUUUUUUGCAAUAACAUUAAUACUACCCAUUUGGAACAGCUGUAUGCAAGUAUACUGUACAAAUAUGCUGUAUUUUCUCCAAUCCAAGUCACAAUUUUUAAACUCUUAAAACUGACAAAAUUAUUAUUUUUCUCUAUGAAUUA